GAUGAGUUUCCCCUUCAUUUUUCGAUUGAGCACAACGAAACGAAUGUUUGCCCUGUGUCCGAUUGCAAGACAUAUCAUUCUGAGUCAGGCCUGCAAGUUCAUGUUUGCCAGACCCACGGGUGGAGAAAAUGCCGCUUUUGUGACACAACAACUGCUCCUGGACAGCCACUGCGAGACCAUGAGCUUAAACACAGCCCCCGGAUCUGCCCGAUUUGUGACGAGCAAAUUCCUGCAGACGAUUUUCGACGACACCAAAAGGCCGAACAUCAGAUCCAGGAAUGCCCCUUCUGCGAAAAGUCAGGGAGCGACCUCCUCCAUCAUAUCCACAAUCAUCACCCUUUAGCCGAGACAAGCGCGAAAAGUGCAAACCAAAAUGACAUGGCACUUGGUCUCCGCAAAGGGGCUUGUGAAGCCGAUGCUGGGCUGGUUAUACCAAAUCCUGGCUCUCAACCAGCGCAAGACAAGCCUUGGGGUAUUUACAAUCUACUAAACAAUGUGCGAGAAUCUUCAAAGCAAAGCUUGUCAGCGCCCUCUCAUCCAGCGAUCACUUCAUCUGCAACCAACAGUGUAGGGACGAUUGGAGAUAUACUGGAAACUCAGAGUCGACAAGGCGUACGUAACGCCAGGGCCACAACACCCAUCCGUGAUCAGGUGAAUGUCUCAUCGGAAGAGGAAGGGAUGAACUUAUCAUCUCGACAAGUAGGACUACCUGAGGCAGCUCACUCUAAUCGGCGGUCUGAACGAUUACACACAUCAUCAGGAUGUGUAACGAAGCGCAACUUUGCCGAAAGUCAUGCCACACCCGCUGGCAAGCGUCGCAAAAAGGUUGAUAUAAAGCAACUGGCUACCCACAUUGGAAGUGAAGAAACCAAGCUUGGAUUUCGUGCCCUUAUUCAAUCAUGUCUUANUUAA